UGUUAUACACUCUUAUUUAUAAAGAAGCUGAGGAAUAUUUUAGUAUUUAUGAAAAGGAUGAUAUUUUUAAUAUUGAAUUUUUUAACGAUCUACAAAAGUUUUCUGAUUUAUAUUUAUGUCUGA